CGUUUGCAAGGCUGGUGACGUUUAAGGGAGCCCCAAAAGCCUUUAUAAAGUGGAAACAUUUGGAGGAAGAGUCACAGAACGCCUUUGGGUGUCGAAAAGGAACACAAGUACGGAUUAACUGAUUAACAUGAAGACUUUUUUGGUUUUAGCCAUCCUGUCGCUGGGACAAGCCGUCGAGUUGACCCAGACUACGGAAACCGCAACUACAACCACAACGGGGAAACCCCAGCAAACGGAGCUCCCCGUUCACAUCCAGAACCUGAUAACCAGCCACAUCAAUCAUGUACUCCAGCACAUAAAGAACAAACCUCAGGUUUCGAACACAUUGAGUGGACCGGUGGAUUGGCACGGGAGUGGGAGUGGGAGCGACGCGCCAGUGGUCAAGCCCCAUCCAGAUCUCCUUCCACCACUGGCACACUCUGGUGAUGUCCUUGCCCCUCCCCUUGCCGACGUCCCAGCGGCUGCACCUGCGUUGCAAUCUGGCAUACAGUCGGUGCAAGCUGGCAAUCCACCGGUGAAGGUGUCCCAUCACCAGGCCACCGGUACCCUGAUCCACCACGGAAGGCCGUUGGUGCAGAAUAAGGUGGUGAUGCCGCCCGUGGAGCAUGUGGUGCUCUCGCUUCCUGGUCAAGAACCCAUCAACGUGGCCGAAAAGCUGCAAAAACUGCAACAGCAUGUGACCAAGGUGAUGCAACAGGCCGAGAAACACAUUCCAUUAGCAGUGAACCAGGCCAUUAAACAAAAGAAAGAACAGGAAGCUCAAAGAGAAAAGGAGCAGCUCCAGAAGGAUAAAGAAACCAAUAAGGUUGAUGACAAAGACAAGGAUGUUAAAGAGGAUCAGGAGGAUCCUGAACCAUCCGAAACAACACCUCAACCAAAUUCAUCGAAGGCAGGUCGCUCGCUGGUUAUUCCCGACAAAGUGUCCAAUAUAGUCAACCAGGUUCACGCCCACAUUCCCCAACUGAUUGCCCAGCAUCGCGAGGAAAUGAAACUGGGAAAAUGCAAUUUCCAGUGUCCCAAAGCUUCACUGUCCAUUUGUGCCAGCAACGGCAAAUGUGUGGUCAAUUUUCCAGGCCAAUGUGAGCUGAGUCAGUGGAACUGCUUCAACACCAAGAAUGUUUUCCACCAAGUGCACGAUGCCGAAUGCCAAAAUACCAUUACUUGCUAUAAAAGGGAUAUGAUGUAAGCUGUUCCUCUGGGAUGUGAUUCAACUACACAAACGAAUUUACACUAUAUUCCAUCGAAAAUAUUUAAACCUUUUAAAAUAAUUCCAAAUUUAUAAUAGCUGCAAAAUAUAAAGUAGAUAUUAAAACAGUGAA